AUGCGGCGAAGAGCGCCCCGUCUGCAGGCGAUUGCGCAAAUUCGACACCUCCAGCCUGCUUUGACGGCUGCAGAUCAGGUGCUCUGGCCGGCGUCGGAAGCUGGUGAUGGGGUCAUCGAUCUGUCGCACGACGCACUUCUCGAUGAAUUCUCCCCAAUAUCCUGGCCUGGCGACACACUCCCGUUGGAGCCUCCCCAAAUAACAUCAUUUUAUCCGCCAAUCGCCCCCAUUCGAAUAGCGACACCCCUCUACCCGCCACUGGGGGGUACCAACGAGAUCGCGUGUGCCAACUCUCUCACGCUCACCGAGCAUGACCAAAAAUAUUUCCAAUACUUCCCCUCCUCAUCCAUCGUGUAUUAUUAUAUGAAAGGAUGGAAUUGGAGCAGCCUGUGCUAUCUUUACCAAGGCCCGGCCGCUACAAACAAAGUCAUCAUGCGAAUGAUCCUGGCGUUAUCCGCCAGUGACAUGCAUCGCCAUGGACUGGCAGUCAGGUCACCAGGUCGACCGACUGCCGAAGAUCAUGGGCGAUAUCACUACAGUCUGGCCGUCAAGGAGUUCCGGCAACUCCUGGAGACACCCCGGAGACAGGUCUCCGUGGCCGAACUGGAGAUAAUAUUUGCUACCAUGUUCCUCAUGGUGACCUACGAAUGGCAAUUUGGCCACUCUGUGCGUCACCUACAACUUCAUCUACAUGGGGUGCGCUCACUUCUCGAGUCUCACCCACAGCUUUUCCGCCUCAAGGACGUCAAUGACGUAUUCCUGUCUGCUGAAGACGAUGCGACAUCCCCGGAGGAUGCAGUCGCCGCGAAAGUUUCAUUUAUACCCGAGCAAUUUCUUCUCUGGAUGUUGUAUAUUGAUGCCAGUUGCCGACCAAUGGGCCUGGCGGAAUCUCUUUACGAUUAUGUCAUGCAAUCCAAUAAUCCCGCCUUACAACCAGAUCAUCUGCAUCGAUGUGCUCGUCUUUGGGGACGAUGUUUCUGGGGCGAGCAGUAUCCCGACCAAGAGGUCUUGGACGAUAUUGAAAAUUACCGGGCUCUGGAGUUAUUACACGCCGGGUUUCAUUUACGCUAUCGAACCUGGAAGAUUCUGGUAGACUCCGGGUCUGGAAGCGAUACCGCCGAGCUACUAUUUCGUGAGAUCAUUUCCACGCGAGAUAAAUACUCCGACCUAUUCAUCACUGCCAAAUUCGCUGGUUCGGUUUCCGCCCGGCGUACCCUCAACACUAUAUACAUGGGUGUUUGUACAUUCCACGCCCAGAUCCUACUUCACCGUCGAUUACUCUGCGUAGACAGUCCACCGGCGGCAAUCCAUAGACAAGCCACGGUCGGGAUCAUAGAGAUCGCCCGCAAACAGUUCGCGGCCGAUCCCCGACUUUUACGACGUCUGCACUGGCCUCUGCUGAUGGCGAUUAUCGAGACGGACGAUCCCAACCACCAAGUAUGGUUACGACAACGCCUCUUUGAGCUACGAGACUUCCACUCAGAGUACGUGUGGGCCAACGAGAUGGCCGACGAGAUCCUGGCUCGGCAGGACGUGAGCCAGGGCUGUUACGUGAAUCUCGCUGAGCUGCUACUCCAGCGAUGUCAAGCACCAUGA